AUGGGAAAGGCGUACAUGCCUACAACCACAACCACGUCUCGUUGCGUUCAAGAACACUCAACAGUCAACAUCGACUCUUUACCCCCGGAACUUCUCAUCCAUAUAUUUGGUUUUACCGCGGCUAUCGAUCUCCUUUCCCCACUCAACAUAGCCCUUGUUUGUCGCAAAUGGAAUGACGUUAUCACAACGAGCCCCUCCGUCUACCAGUACAUCCAUCUAUCAGACUCGCUGCCAUUCAACAAAACGACUUUGACCGAAACAGAAAUCUCAACACAACGAGCCAAAUUUUGGAAGAGAAAUCUCACGCUUGCAAAAUUGUGGGUUGAGAGGGCAAAUCCUCUUCCUUUCGACGUGGACAUUAGGAUUGGACCACAAGUGAAGGAGGAGAAGGAUCGCGUAGAUCUUGUCAGGGAUGAUUCGAAUUUGCUCGGCAUGCUCUCCCCCUUCUACGAGAAUAUGGAACGAUGGAGGUUGUUGGUUGUCAACGAUGGAGAGAGACCGGCUGAGAGCUUCAAGUUCAACCAACUCCUCACCACUCGUUCCAAAAGGAUGUCGACACUCUGCUCUCUGAAUAUUUCAAUAUGCGAUUUGAGUAAUGAAGAUUCGUUACUCCAUGUUCCCAAAGGACUGUUUAUCCCUUCUACCUCCGUUCUCACACUCCCUCCCAGUCUUCUUGGCCACGACCAAGUAUUUCCCUCGCCCCUUACCCCUUUCAUAUCACAAAUAAACAGGAAGCAAGACCGAGAAAAAGAUGGGCGACUCACCGCAAACUUUGUUCUUCCCACCUUACCCUUUCUCCCCACCGCGUCGGAAUACCAUAUCACUCAUCCCGUACAGCCUUCCGGCCUACCCUCAAUCACGUCGUUGACAUUAACAGAAUACUCUGUCACUCGUCAUCUCAACCCUUAUGUCCUCCUCUCCUUCCUCAAUACGACACCCAACCUUCAGAAGUUAACCUUUGUUGGUUGGAGCCACGCUGACAGACAUCCACCGGCCUCCCGUUUGCCUGUUGCUAGGCUGCCUAUGUUGAACACCUUGCAGCUUCGUUCAACAUGUUUAGCACGGAGCAUCCUCUCUUGUCUCUACGUUCCACGGCUACAGUACUUGGAAUUAGCACAUUUGAAUCUGGACUUUGAGUUGCCGCUGCCUGGUGUAGAGGACAUAGCUAGUGGCCUAGUUGAGGAGGUUUACGAGGAUGGCGAUUCAGAUGAUGAAGCCAACGACUUUUCACAGAGCCCAUGGAGUGAUCGGUCAACUGGAAUGGGGUUGAGAGCACUGAUGAAGAGGUCCAAUCCUCCUUUAAAAGUUCUCUAUAUGGACUUCACUGACAUGCGUACCAAAGACUUUGUCUGGCUCUUCCCAAAGCUUCAGGAAUUGGAAGAAUUUGUCAUUGUCGCUUCGGACAUGUCGGAUACUGUUAUGAAGCUACUCGAGCCUUGCCACGAGAAAGCCGGGCCAGCCUCAUCUUUUAUGGAUUCGAACAAUGGUCGUGAUAACGAAGCGGGUCGGGCAGACCCGCAAAGUUCCACGAUAAUGACAAGCAGACUGAUGCUACCAAGGUUGAAGAAGUUGGAGUUAUACAAUUGCAAUAGGUUGUCGGGAGGGACUAUGGUGGAUGUGCUCCUCAAGCGAGUCAGGUAUACCGACCGUCUUAGUCGAAUCACCCUUCCGAUAACACCCCCUGCUUCACCUGCUUCGUCGUCCUUGGAGACCUCAUUUAUCGUUGAGAAUGCUUAUGAGUCCUUGGCCCCUCUCUCACCAGCGGUUGCGAAUGUAGCACAGGUUUACACUCUGGAAAGCCUGGCGAUCGUGGGGUGCGACGGGUUUUGGCAUAGGCAUUCGCAAUUACUGUCAAACGAACUCGGGAAUGAGGAAAGAAAUAUGAGGCUUGAAGCUUAG